CACUCUUGUUACAGGGAAUUUGAGUUUUUGUAAAGAAGAAAAAAUGUUGUCUGGCAGUAAGAGUACUUUCUUCUUGUAUUUUUUGCUACUACUAAUUGAUGGCAUUCUCCACUGCCAUGCUUGGGGCACUGCCCGCCAUAAGUUUGUCGUGAAAGAAGCUCCCUACACAAGACUCUGCAAAACAAAGAACAUUUUGACGGUUAACGGCCAAUUUCCUGGACCAACUCUCUAUGCUUACAGAGGAGAUGAAAUUGUUGUUGACGUUUACAAUAGAGGAAAACACAAUAUCACUAUCCAUUGGCAUGGGGUGAAGCAACCGAGGAAUCCAUGGUCGGACGGGCCUGAAUAUAUCACGCAAUGCCCGAUUCAGUCGGGCGCCAAAUUUAGCCAAAAGAUCAUAUUUAGCACAGAGGAAGGGACGAUCUGGUGGCACGCUCAUAGCGAUUGGUCGCGGGCGACCGUCCACGGAGCUAUUAUUGUCUAUCCAAAGUACGGCACCGGUUACCCUUUCCCUAAGCCUUGGGCAGAGGUGCCCAUACUACUAGGAGAGUGGUGGAACAAGGAUGUGAUGGAUGUUAUGGAGGAGGCUCUUAUAACAGGAGGGGACCCAAACGUCUCUGAUGCGUUAACUAUCAAUGGCCAGCCUGGUGCCUUUUAUCCAUGCUCCAAGCUUGGAACGUACAAGCUAAACGUCCAACACGGCCAAACUUAUCUCCUCCGCAUAAUCAAUGCUGCCUUGAACACAAUUCUCUUCUUUGCCAUCGCGAAACACAAUCUCACGGUUGUCGGAGCCGACGCCAGCUACACCAAGCCAUUGACAACAAACUACCUCACGGUAGCCCCAGGCCAAUCUUACGACGCCUUGUUGCAUGCAGACCAAUCACCCGAUCACCACUACUACCUGGCCGCCCGAGCCUACAGCAGUUCCUCUGCCGCUCCUUUCGACAAUACCACCACAACCGCCAUCAUUCAGUACCGAAAGAACCACCGUCAUCGGUCGCCUUGCUUCCCCUAUCUGCCCUACUACAAUGACACACUUGCUUUUAUCCACUCUGUCAAGGGGCUAAGAAGCUUGGCUAACGAAAGACACCCAAUCUCUGUCCCCGUCAAAAAUAUCACCACACCCCUGAUUUCAACUGUCUCGAUCAACUUAUUUCCGUGCCCAAAUAUCACGUGUGAGGGGGCAAACGGGAGCCGCCUCGCGGCAAGCAUGAACAACAUAAGUUUCGUGACCCCAUCAAUCGAUAUACUCCAAUCCUAUUAUUACUAUCACAUUACGAGCUCGUUCAGUACGCGGUUCCCAAAUGUCCCGCCAUACGUGUUCAAUUUUACCGCGGAUAUCUUGCCACUGGAUCUGGAGAUAUCGAAGAGGGGGACCGAUGUGAAAAUAUUGGAGUACGGUUCGGCAGUCGAGCUGGUGUUCCAAGGGACAAAUGUGGUUGGAGGCAUUGAUCAUCCAAUGCACAUACACGGUUACAGUUUUUUCGUGGUCGGAUCAGGACUUGGAAACUUUGACCCGUAUAAGGAUCCUUUGACAUACAACCUAGUUGACCCUCCGGAGCGCAAUACCGCUAUUGUGCCUAAGAAUGGCUGGCUCGCCAUUAGAUUCAGGGCGGAUAAUCCAGGAGUGUGGUUCGUGCACUGUCACUUAGAGCGCCACCAAACUUGGGGGAUGGAUACAGUGUUGCUGGUUAAAAAUGGAAGACACGUUAAUGAAACUCUGCUGCCACCACCGCCUGAUAUGCCUCCUUGCUGAAGCUUUUAUAGGAAGGAAUACCUCAAAACCUGAAAUACUCUACAAUAAUGAUCAUUGAAUAACACUGUGAACCGUAAUGAUCUGUGUGCAGCAAGUUUGUUUUAUCAAAGCAUCUUGUAAUUGAAUACAUUCUUGAA